CUCUCUCUCUCACUCUCUCUCUCUCAACCUCCAAAAAUGGCGGCGACCCAACUCCUCUCUCGCCCUCUCCCUCUCUCCAAACCCCUCCGAAACCCUAACCCGGCACUCUCCUCCUCGAGACCCUACCUCCCCUUCCCCACCCCCUCCCGCUCCAAAACCCUAGUCCUCCGCGCCGUCAUCUCCGACUCUCCCUCCACCUCCGCCGCCGCCGCCGCCGCCGCCGCCGCCGGGGUGCGCCGCCACUGCUUCUCCAAGGCCCCCGACGGGUUCCUCUACUGCGAGGGCGUUAGGGUUCAGGACACCAUGGACGCGGCGGAGCGGAGCCCCUUCUACCUCUACAGCAAGGACCAGAUCACCCGCAACUUCGAGGCCUAUCGCGAGGCCCUCGAGGGGUUGCGGUCGAUCGUCGGGUACGCCGUUAAGGCCAACAAUAACUUUAAGAUCCUGGAGCACCUCAGGGGGCUUGGGUGUGGCGCCGUGCUCGUGAGCGGGAACGAGCUUCGGCUCGCUCUGAGAGCUGGGUUCGACCCCGCCAGGUGUAUAUUCAACGGAAAUGGGAAGCUCUUGGAGGACCUUGUUUUAGCUGCUGAGAAAGGAGUGUUUGUAAAUAUAGAUAGCGAAUUCGACCUGGAAAACAUUGUGACUGCUGCAAGAAUUGCGGGAAAGAAAGUUCCAGUUUUACUAAGGAUUAAUCCGGAUGUAGAUCCACAGGUUCAUCCUUACGUUGCGACUGGAAACAAGACAUCGAAGUUUGGAAUAAGAAAUGAAAAACUACAGUGGUUUUUAGAUGCUAUCAAGUCGCAUUCCAAUGAUAUUAAGCUUGUUGGAGCUCAUUGUCACCUGGGAUCUACCAUUACAAAGGUGGACAUAUUCAGAGAUGCUGCUGUUCUUAUGGUGAACUACAUUGAUCAAAUAAGAGAACAAGGUUUUGAGUUGGAAUACCUGAAUAUAGGCGGCGGCUUGGGGAUAGAUUACCAUCAUACCGAUGCAAUCCUUCCGACACCCAUGGAUCUUAUCGAUACUGUGCGUGAGUUGGUUCUCUCUCGAGAUCUCACUCUCAUAAUUGAACCUGGAAGAUCACUAAUAGCCAACACGUGCUGCUUGGUCAAUCGGGUGACUGGUGUUAAAACAAACGGAACGAAAAAUUUCGUAGUGGUAGACGGUAGCAUGGCAGAGCUCAUCCGGCCUAGUCUAUAUGGAGCGUAUCAGCACAUUGAACUGGUUUCUCCUCCCCCUUCAGAUGCCGAAGUCUCGACUUUCGAUGUGGUCGGGCCUGUUUGUGAGUCUGCUGACUUCUUAGGGAAAGAUAGAGAGCUUCCGACUCCAGCCAAGGGAGCCGGAUUAGUUGUUCAUGAUGCCGGUGCUUAUUGCAUGAGCAUGGCUUCGACUUACAACCUUAAAAUGCGACCCCCUGAAUAUUGGAUUGACAACGGCAAAAUGGUGAAAAUCAGGCACGCCGAGACGUUCGACGACUUCAUGAGGUUCUUUGAUGGCCUUUAAUUGUUUUACAAGUUUUUACCAUCCAUCGUGCUUUAGGGAUUUGAAUUCCUCGUCUCUCGUGUUGUUUGGUAUUGUUGUAUCCGAAAAUUAUUGCAAGUGUUAGGAAAACAUAACCAGAGAUUAAUUCGCAGAAUAAUAUGCUUGGUGUUAACACAACUCCUCAAGUAGUCCUUGUGUACUCCACUUGCAUUGUAGGGAACCUUUUCAUUUAUUUGUUUUCUUUUA